AAAGAUUCAGAUAAAAAAAAGUGGUAAUAAUUUAUUGAAAGUUACAGCAAGGUACUGGCAAAGAAAAGAAAAGAAGCAAACUUUGUUUUAGAGCCGCACCACCAGACUGAAGAGCAGUUCACAAUCAGACCCAGUGACGGGCAUCAGGGUGGACUUUUUCACUUAUAAAUAGCCAGUCUUCUCGCUGAAAGUCUCUUUUGCUGGUGUAGAUCAUAGAGAAGGAUCAGUAUUAAACUGAGUUUGUUUCAUAACCAGUUAACCCUUAAAGUUCCUUGUUGUACUUUUAAACUCUCCUAUGAAGCAUUGAACACACUGAAUUGUAGUUAUCAGCAGAGAUCUUCAUUAAUGUACACCAAUAAGAGGCUGGUGUAUUAACAGAUAAUGAAUGAUAAUAUUGUUAAACACAGAUGUAAUAGUCAAAGUUGAUGUACACUUAACAAUGUCCGUUUAUCUGCUAAAAGUAAAAGUAAAGAUAUCAUGUUAAAAUAAAGACUUAAAAGUAUCUGAUAUUACAUUAACUUGGGUAAUAAAGAGUCAGUCAUACAUAUAUUUAAUGUAUGUGUCGAUCAAUUUAUCGGCUGUAUUUUUCUGAUAAUUGGAGUCAGUGUUUUUAUUUUACAUCUGACUGUUGAUGAAAUAUAUUAAUUCAAACAUGCACUCUUUUAGCUCUGAUACAGCCACGUAAUCUGUCACGUAACGUGUAACUAAAGCUAUUAAAUUAAUGUAGCGAAGUAAAAAGUACAAACAUUGAAAUGUAGAGUGGAGCGAAAGUAUGAAGUAGCAGAAAAGGGAAAUACUCAAAUACAAAUACCUCAAAAUUGUAAAUGUACUUCUUACCUCUUCAUCACUGAUUACGGUGCGUUACAAAAAACAUUAAUCAAGUGUUCAUAAAGAGCUGAUCAGGGAUAAUCAGGGGCGGUUGCCGUUAAGUGUUUUCCAAAAUAAGUGGUGAACAGGUGUUUACACAAUCUCGCAUUUUUGUGGUAUUUCAAAACAUCUGGUCCGGCUCGACCUCAAAAUGUUGGUGAACUGUGGAUUCAUGUGUAAAACCUCAGCACUAACAGACUCAGCUUACAUUCUGUGGGUGGCUCGAGUCGGUAAUGAGCUCAAUGUGUGUUUAUGUGUUUAUGACCGUGUCUGCCUCGGUGUGUAUGCAGUAGUUUAAGUGUUUCUGCAUAUGUGUGUGUGUGUGUGUGUGUGUGUGUGUGUGUGUGUGUGAGUGAGAGGGUGUGUGUGUUACAACAUUGUGUAAUUUUUCAAAACCCAAAAGUAGCGACAGACCACUUUCCCAUCCUGAAACCGCGACUCCCGUUGGGUUCCGUGCUCUGGUGAAACUCCGCUAAAAAUUCUGUGACUUCUCUUUCCCUCUCGUCCGCCGCUCUGUUCUCUCCGUGGCCCGGGCUGCUCUGCCACUGCCUCCUGCACUGUCUCCGCUUACAGAGUGACAUCACUGGAGUUUCCCUUCUGCAGAAGCAGCUGCCACAGCAUAAAUACUACAAGAUCCUUGGCAGAAGUUCACUUCGGCACAAUAGCAACACAAAGAGAGAAGUAUUACUACAGCACUGGACGACACACUACAGCAUACAGCCAAGAGUUCAGUUUGUAGACACUUCUAAACAGCAAGCAGUAACGACAGAGAGCAGACUUGUGCACAGUAUGGUGGCAUACACAACAGCUCCAUGUGACUUGGAGAUGGGUCCUGAGGAGAGGACGGUAGUCUUGAUAGAGAAGAAGUCAGCUACAGGGUGGAUGUGGAAGGUGUCCGUGGCCCUGCUCGUCGCAGCACUUUGUUUCGCAGGCGUCCUGCUGUUUGCUUGGUAUUGGAAUGGCAAGCCAGAAAUUCUGAUACAUUCAGGCCAAACAGAGGCGCUAACCAAGAAUGACCACACUGAGAAAACAGAUCCCCACUCCACGCUGAGGCGCAUCAGCAGCAAAGCCAAGGCAGCCAUCCAUUUAGAAGGGAGCUAUGAUGAAGACGAAGGUUUGAAAGACCAGGUGGAGUGGAAGAACGGUCAAGGCCAGGCGUUUGCUCAGGGCGGCUUCCGACUGGUGGACAACAAGAUCGUGAUCCCACAGACUGGCCUCUACUUCGUCUACAGCCAGGCGUCGUUCAGAGUCUCCUGCAGCGAUGGCGACGAGGAGGGAGCAGGGAGACACCUCACACCUCUCAGCCACACCAUCUCGCGCUUCUCAGAGUCCAUGGGCACUGAUGUGUCUCUGAUGAGCGCGGUGAGGUCGGCGUGCCAGAACACCGCUCACGAGGACAGCUACAGCGAUGGACGGGGCUGGUACAACACCAUCUAUCUGGGCGCCGUGUUUCAGCUGAACAGAGGUGACAGACUGGAGACGGAAACCAACCAGCUGUCAGAGCUGGAGACAGACGAGGGCAAGACCUUCUUUGGUGUGUUUGCACUUUAAAAUGACUGUGAUACUGACAGAGAGGACGCAAAGCCUUGCACAGUGCCAAAAGUUUGGGCUUUUCUGAAAGAUUUUAUUUGAAUUUUUAUUAUUCAUCUUCAUGGUGAUGUAGAAAUGUUGAAAUCUCAAUGGAGAUAACGCUUGUGGCUGAACAGGCGCUGCUGAUUUUUAAAAAUCCUAUAAACUGUAACAGUUUGAAAUGUUAUUUCUAUUUUAGGCACUUUUUGUACAUUAUUUAUGCUGACCUGAGAUUGUAGUAGGCCAGACUCUCUCUGCUGUAUCUGAUGACGACACAGCUCUUCACUGGAGAGUGCAGGUUUUUGAGGAUUAUCUACAGAAUUGUUAUCAUGUACCAGUACAGCCUGUAUGUAUUUAUUUGUAUUUAUUUAUAUUUAAAUUGUUGGGGUAAGGUGUUGAAAGAUUUAUAUUUAUAUGUGCACAUAAACUUAAUUAAA